AUGGCAGCGCUACAGGUCCCAUAUACAAAAUCUGUAUCCUUGUCUGUUGGUUCUUCAGUGAAAAUCAAAGCGACACCUACCAUGCCUUUCAGUAUGAGCCCAGAAAUGCAGGUGGAUUUCCACACUGGAAAUGAAGAGGACUCAGACAUCGCCUUCUAUUUCCGAGUGUACUUUGGCAACAAUGUGGUGAUGAACAGCCGUCAGUGUGGGAAAUGGGGUAAAGAAGUGAAAUCCACUGGUAUGCCCUUUGAGGAUGGCCAACCCUUUGAACUGUGCAUCUCGGUGCAGUCAAAUGAGUACCAGAUAUCAGUAAAUGGUAGCCAAUGUUGUGCUUUCCCACAUCGAUUUGACCCAGCAUUGUUGAAGAUGAUCCAGGUGUGGAGAGAUGUGUCCCUGACCUCAGUGAUUGUCGCUUAG